AUGGCGCGUCACCAUCAGCCCAUCGAUGGCCCUGCCGUCGACUACAACCACCCCAUCCCCGACAAGCGCGACCAGACUGGUCUCCUCACCCGCUUCGUCCCCAACAGCCUCAAGAACACAUCCUUCUACCGCUUGUUGCUGCGCGCCACUCGACUUCUCCAAUUCCUCUCCUCAGUCAUCUCCCUCGGCAUCUUCUCCUCGCGCGUAUACAAAGUCUACCGCCUCGUCAACAGCAUCAAAACCCGCCGCGGCAUCAACAGUUCCAUGGGCGCAGUCGAAGGCAUCCUCGCCGCCGCCGUCCUCCACACGCUCAUCACCACCCUCCUGUCUUGCAUCAAGAAGUCCGCCAACCCGGGCGGCCGCACACUACGCUGGAUCUGGGUACUCCUCGACCUACUCUUCGUCGGGGCCUUCAUCGCCGUCGCCGUCCUCACUCGUCCCAAUGGCGGUCUUGCUGGCGCGAGACACUGCUACAGUCCCCGUCGUCUGAGCGGUAACAAUUCUAGCACCAUCACUGGCGAGAACAAUUCACAGGACGACUCUUGCAAUUUGCCAUGGGGAACGUUCAUUUUGGCUAUUAUUAGCACGCUUCUUCAUGCUAUUACUGCUGCGUUUCAUGAGAUUAAGGAUCAUCACCGCAGGCACACGCUUGAUCACGAAAAGGCGUUUCAGCAGCAGCAGCACAAUGCGACUGCCUCACCGUUCGUUGCUGACGGUGCUCGCUAUUAG